AUGUAAAGUAAUAAAGAAUAAGAUAUAAUUGUUUAUUUUAAACUAUAAAUUAUAUACAAUUGCAUAAAAGUAAGUAAUGAAGCAAUGCUUAAACUAAAAAUGAUUGUGUAACAGAUGUUUAGGGAAACAAAUUUUAAUAUCAUUAAAUUAAUGCAAAAUCAAAAGUUUUAAUACAACUUCAGAGUCAUUAAAGAAUUAUUAAUAAUGUUAGGAUUAUAAUAAUCUUUUGGAUUGUGUUAUGGUGAGAUAGCUAAGAUUAAGUGA